AUGGCCAAGUUCAGGGUGAGGGUAUCCACCGGAGAGGGCUUCGGGGCCGGUACGUGGGACAAAAUGUCUGUCAGCAUCGUGGGGACCCGAGGAGAGACCCCCCCACUGCCCCUGGACCAUCUCGGCAAAGAGUUCAACGCGGGCGCAGAGGAGGACUUCGAGGUGACGCCGCCCCAAGACGUGGGUCAGGUGCUGCUGGUGCGCGUCCACAAGGCGCCCCCAGCGCUAUCCCGGGCCCUCGCGCCCUUGGCCGGGGACGCCUGGUUCUGCCGCUGGCUCCAGCUCACGCCGCAAGGGGCCGCGCCGCUCCUCUUCCCCUGCUACCAGUGGCUGGAGGGCGAGGGGAGCCUGGUGCUGCGGGAGGGGACAGCGAAGAUCUCCUGGGAAGAUCACCACCCCACGCUCCAGCAACACCGCAGGGAGGAACUGCAGGCCAGGCGGGAGACCUACCGCUGGAAGACUUACCUCCCAGGCUGGCCUCGGUGCCUCGACGAGGAGACUGUAAAAAACCUGAACCUCAACAUCAAAUACUCUGUGGCCAAGAACACCACCUUCUACCUGCGAGGCGGCUCUGCGUUGGCUGAGCUGAAACUCAAAGGGCUGCUUGACCGCAAGGGGCUCUGGAAGAGUCUGGAGGAAAUGAGACGGGUGUUCAACUUUCGGAAGACUCCAGCUGUAGAAUACGUGUUUGAGCACUGGCAGGAGGACGCCUUCUUCGCCUACCAGUUCCUGAAUGGCCUCAACCCCGUCCUGAUCCGACGCUGUCACCACCUCCCCGAGAACUUCCCUGUCACCGAUGCCAUGGUGGCCCCGGUGUUGGGCCCCGGAACGAGCCUGCAGGCCGAGCUCAAGAAGGGGUCUCUGUUCCUGGUGGAUUACGGCCUCCUUGCUGGGGUCCGCACCAAUGUCAUCAAUGGGAGGCCUCAGUUCUCCACGGCCCCAAUGACCCUGCUAUACCAGCGCCCCGGCCGUGGGCCCCUGCUGCCACUCGCCAUCCAGCUCAGCCAGACUCCCGGGGCCAACAGCCCCAUCUUUCUGCCCAGUGAUGACAAGUGGGACUGGCUGCUGGCCAAGACGUGGGUGCGCAAUGCCGAGUUCUCCAUCCAUGAGGCCCUCACACACCUGUUACAGGCACACCUGGUGCCCGAGGUCUUUGCCCUGGCUACGCUGCGCCAGCUGCCCCACUGCCACCCCCUCUUCAAGCUGCUGAUCCCUCACACUCGGUACACCUUGCAUAUCAACACGCUGGCCCGAGAACGGCUUAUCACCCCUGGGGAGGUGGUGGACAGGUCCACAGGCCUUGGCAUUGGAGGCUUCUCUGAGCUGAUACAGAAGAACAUGGAACAGCUGAACUAUUCUGCCCUGUGUCUGCCUGAUGAUAUCCGGGCCCGAGGAGUUGGAGACAUCCCGGACUACUACUACCGGGAUGAUGGGAUGCAGAUCUGGGGUGCAGUGGAGUGCUUUGUCUCCGAAAUGAUCAGCAUCUACUACCCGAGUGAUGAGUCUGUCCGUGAUGACAGUGAACUCCAGGCCUGGGUGCGGGAGAUCUUCUCCGAGGGCUUCCUAGGCCGGGAGAGCUCAGGUCUACCCUCCACCUUGGGGACGCGGGAAGCCCUGAUACAGUACGUCACCAUGGUGAUAUUCAACUGUUCGGCCAAGCAUUCGGCUGUCAGCGCGGGGCAGUUUGACUUUGGUGCCUGGAUGCCCAACCUGCCACCCAGCAUGCAGCUGCCACCACCCACCUCCAAAGGCCAGGCCAGUCUGGAGGGGUUCUUAGCCACCCUCCCACCAGUCAAUGCCACGUGUGAUGUGGUCAUUGCCCUCUGGCUGCUGAGCAAGGAGCCUGGAGACCGAAGGCCCCUGGGCACCUACCCAGAUGAGCACUUCACUGAGGAGGCCCCACGCCGGAGCAUUGCUGCCUUCCAGAGCCGCCUGGCUGAGAUCUCGCGAGACAUCCAAGAGCGAAACCGCAGCCUGGCGCUACCCUACCCCUAUCUGGACCCUCCCCUCAUUGAGAAUAGCGUCUCCAUCUAA